GCCUCAGAUACCCCCAUAUUGAUCUGAAGGAGCAACAUGCGGACCCCUGCAGCAAUGAUUGUUGGCAUGGUGCUGGCCCCCUGCGGGCUGGUGCUGACCCUCACCGCUACUGUAGCACCCAAUUGGCGCACAUUGAGCAGCGUGCCCUCAAAACCCAGCGACUUUCAGUACUAUCAGGGCAUCUGGGACAUCUGCCAAGAGACGACCACUAAUCAGAACAAGCUGUGCGGACAGACAAACGAUGAAUACUUCCGUCUGGAAGUGGUGCAGGUUGCCAGGGGACUGAUGAUCACCUCUCUGAUCGUCACUGGGAUUGGCAUUGCCUUGGCAUCGUGGGGUGUGCGCUGCUGGGAGGACAUACCAAACUUCCUCGCAGCAGCAUUUGGUGGCCUUGUCAUCUUCAUCUCAGGAAUACUCUCCCUGAUCCCAAUCUCUUGGUACAACAAUAAAAUAUACCACUUGGUGUCCGCUGACAUAACCCCAGCUAGUUCACCACCUACCAUUUCUGUAGGCUACUGCUUGGCGCUGGGCUACAUAGGCAGCUGCAUGGAGAUCAUUGCCGGAUUCGCCCUUAUGCUCUGCUUUGUGCCACCCUGCAAGAAGUGCAUGAAAAACAAAGGGAAAUCCAAAGCUCCCAUGUACUAUAGCAAGAAACAGACACCUAACAAGAAUGAGAAGCCCAGCCAGGUCUACAGCAUCCAGAGCAGGUACAGCCAGGAGGACCACAACCCUAACGACGUUGGCUACAGCAUCCAGAAUGAUAAUUACCGGCAUGAGAAUGGAAGUAGGAAACCUAAUUCUAUCAUCUCCAGCCCAAGAUCCUACACUAACCCUAUGGAUGUGACAGCUGGAGAGUACCCCAGGAGCAACAACAGACCUGGGAGCCAGCUGAGUUCUCUACCUUGUGACUCCGAUCUUCUGUAGACUGUUGGCAUCCCACCU